CUGCGUGCUUCGCGUCGUCCGAUGUCGUCCACUCAACAAGACGACUUCCUUCAUCAGACUAAGUCUGUUAUCAUAGCGCUCGAAUCCCUUAAGUCAGAACAAGAGAAGGCACUCAACAACUAUCAUUCUGUGAUCGGUAACGAUCGGGAAGUUGACGCCCCUCCGAAUGGCACAGUGAGCCCUGCGAAUGUUAUUAUUGAACGGAUACGAAACGGUUUAGAUGAUGCCGAUAUUUUGGUAAAGCUAUAUGAGUAUAUACAGAUAACUGACGCGGAGAAACAAAAGCUGCGGUAUCAAGCCAGGCGACUGUUUCAGGAGAAUGCGUGGUUGCGUGAAGAGCUUUCGACUACCCAGCACUUACACUGGGAAUGUGAGAAGAAGGUUGUUGUGCUUGAGGAAAAAAUCAAACAACUGGAGUUAAAUGCAGAACUUCGGAAGUAUGACUCGAAUGAGCAUGCGGAUUCGUCUGGCUUAGCUGAUGGGGACAGUACGAAUAAAAACGCUACAGAUAUGGGUUUUCCACAAGACGACGGAGAUCAGGAUGCAAUGUCACAAAGCCAAACAGUGACCAUGUCCCAAGUGGCUAGCACGUAUGAGAUCCCCACGCGACUCCGAACUCUACACAAUCUUGUAAUUCAAUACGCGAGCGAAGGUCGCUAUGAAGUCGCUGUUCCACUGUGCAAACAAGCUCUGGAGGAUCUGGAGAGAUCGAGCGGUCGGGAUCAUCCUGAUGUUGCCACAAUGCUGAACAUUCUAGCCCUGGUCUAUCGGGAUCAACAAAAAUAUCGGGAAGCAGCUACUCUACUAAACGAUGCCUUAACCAUUCGAGAGAAGACUUUGGGCCCGAACCAUCCAGCUGUAGCCGCUACCCUCAAUAACCUGGCCGUUCUCUAUGGGAAACGAGGCAAGUACAAGGAAGCUGAGCCUCUGUGCAAACGUGCCCUUCUCAUUCGAGAGGCCGUUGAGCUAUACUAUCAACGUGCACUGGAAAUCUACGUUAACACUCUGGGACCCGAUGAUCCAAAUGUCGUCAAAACAAAAAACAAUUUGGCAUCUGCUUAUCUCAAGCAAUGCAAGUACGCAGAAGCAGAAGAACUGUACAAACAAGUGCUGACCCGCGCUCAUGAAAAGGAAUUCGGUGAAGUCUCCACAACUAACAAGCCUAUUUGGAUGCUAGCCGAAGACCGUCAAUCGGGUUUGGUGACGGAUACAGAUGUGGCGCAAUCCCUGGCCGCACGGUUAUCCCGACAAGAAAGUCAAACUGUAGUUACAACUCUCCGAAACCUUGCCGCUCUUUACCGAAGACAGGGCAAGUUCGAAGCCGCAGACGUGGUUGACGAAUGUGCUGGUCGGACUUCGAAAGCACCAACAUCUGCACCGAACCUUCCACAAGCGUUAAAUGGAUCUAGAUCGACGCAGAAUCCUCGUUGGUUCCCCCCCUGUACAACGGGUAGACGAGGUGUUGCCGUACGUCCCGGUUAUUCGCAUUAUGAUGCCAGACUGGCUAUUCGUGUUCCACGCGGCCAAUACAGUCUCACAAACGAACACCAGAACGGCUCGGAUACUUUUGAUCAAGUAUCCCGUGCGUUUGACCCCAGCAUGAAAAGGGCCAGUUCAAUGUCAACCCUCCCAGGAAGUAUUAGAUUACCAUUGUCCAACCAGGAUCUGGUUCGGUUCUUUCGUGGCCCUCCCCCUUCCCACACUCGCUCCGGAAUGUUCGAUUCUGCCUGGUCAACACGUCCCAACCCUCUGAAUGGCCGUCUGCUCAGCUCGGAAAAUCUUCACCGGUAAUUGCUGCAAUACUUGAUGCAUCCGUUUCAAUUUUUCGACUUCUCGUGGUUGGUCAUCUGCCCAAUUGCAUUGUCGCACAUUUUGCCGCUUCCGCCACAAUCUCAAGCAUAGGCGAUUCUCAUUUCCAAAUCCGUUCGAAAGCACGUCCCAAUUUUCAUAGGUCGUUUUACGGAGAAACCCGUUGAUGUGGAUGCUGUUGCUGUUUUUUUUUUCAAAAAAAAAAAAUUCAUCAGCAUUCAUCCUCUAUUGGCUGUGAGGAGUCCUCUCUCUUUGGGCGUGUCAGAUUGGUUGUGGUGUUGCAGCUCCAUAUCUUAUUCUGGUACAACCUCAGAUUUUGCGGACCUCUUUCGAGGCACGCACCUUUACCCCAGUUGGUCCAUCUCUCUCUCUCUCUCUCUCUCUCGCACACACAAACACAGCAGUACUAUCGCCAUCGUUUAUGUUUUCGUUCUGAAGUCUGUUCCAUAUGUAUCAUCCGCUUUUGUUCAUCUGGAUGAACCUAAUAGCCCAUUUCUCUCACCGUAUUUUCUGUUUUCCCCUCAUGACCCACUGUCCUGCCUUUCUGACAUUCCACGUGAGUCGAACUGGUUGGGACUUGGCAGUACUACGUGCUGCUGUUUCUUUCAAUCCACUUGUAUCGUCCAGCCAAUCUGAAAAGUUAGGUGGAGGAAUAACUUCAUUUCGCUUAUUUCCGUCGGACAUCACCAUAUCGUGAAGAUUCGCCCUAAUGUGUCCCUCGUUUAUCCUUUCGACUCGUGGCUGGAUGUUGUUGCCUCCCGGUUUGUUUUAUUCUCCGCUCCAGUCUAUGAUGCUGCUUUCCCAUUCGGCGUCGAAUUUUCUUUUCUGUCUCUAGUUUCCUGUGUUUUCAUCUUUUGUUCUCCUUGGGGUGCGACUUGUUGCAAUGUAUACGAUAUUACCAAACACCGCAUCAUUGCUCUUAAAGUACGAUUUAUCUUGUUUUUUUUUCGUUGUACCACCAGUUGGGAUGUGGAAUUUCCUUAGCUACUCGCAGCAAUGUUCAGCGCAUCAAUUCGGAAAGGGAAAUCCGGUCGUACUUCAAUGGUGCUGGUAAUGAGGUUGUGUGGUGUUUCGAGUCUACGUCGGUACAUUUCCCGAUCCGUUUGAAAUGGCCGCCUAAAUCUUUGGAAUUACAGCAAACAUUUUCCAGCCGAUCAUAAAUUCCACAACUCUCUUGAAAUACUGUUAGAGAACUCCAGUUGAGUCACAGUCGACUGUCUACUAUCAGUGGAAACGCUGACAAUGGUAUGUUG